AUGGUCUUGCCCAUAGCCGGCUGGGACCUCAAGGUUGCAGACAUGAUUACAAUCUUACGGUGGGCGAACGUGUCUGCGAAUCGUGGCGUGUCGAAGACGGACUUACAACAACGUAUGACGACCCAACUCUUCGACGGUGGCCCUCCAGACAUGACAAGGCUCAAUGUUGCCGACUUUCCUUCCAUCGUCCCCGAGUCAUGGGCGAUAUGGCUCCAGCAACACCUUGCAUGGCAAGCGUCUACGCUGCCCACGUCUACGUUACCCCCGUGGAAUGCACCCCAGCCUGUGCCGCUUGGUCCUCCGAUUGCUGCCUCCGAAAACGCCAUGCCGACAUUCUGGGUAUUCGAACGAAAAGCAGUUCGUACGAAACCUCACACUGCACUUGGAACAGUCCAAAAGAUUUGCUCUGCGUCAGACAUUUCGGGACCUUUUCUGGAUGACUAUCCAUUGACGAAAGCAGCAGCCUGGGAAUUCGCUUCGCAGCCGUGUGCAAAAGUGAUGCUUUGGGCCAUGUGGGACAACUUAAAGCACAGUGUUCCAGAUACGAUGAUGCUGCUUGAAUGGUACCGCCCGGGCGACAAGGCGUACAAUUUAGCUCGCACACUUGCUGAUGAGUGUAAGGAAAAAGGAAUACACCCUUCGCUGGUCAACUUGCACGCACGUACGUAG